AUGCUCAUGUUCAUCUCGCUCGGGGGCGAGCAGGUGGUGCUGUACCGCAUCGUCUACAUGCUCCUCUUCCUCUUCUUCGUCACAGUCUUCCAGGUUUCGUACCAGCUGUGGAUCAAGGUGAUGUACGGCUUCUGGCUGACCGUCAUCAUCUAUUCGAUGCUGGUGCUCAUUCUCAUCUACUCGUACCAAUUCGAGCACUUCCCCGAAUAUUGGGAGCAUCACCUGAGGAUCCCUGUAGGAUUUCAAAAAGACAUUGGUCUGGAGGUGUACCAGGCAGACCCGGGCACGCUUUUCCUCAAGCUGCUAACGCCAACCUUCUUCCUGAUUAUCACCAUCAUCCAGCUACACUACUUUCACAAUGAAUUUAUCAAGCUCAAUGAAGACAACUUCACUUACUCAGCGUGUACGGAAUCGACAGCAACGUUACGGUGUUCCCGGCGCCGUUUAAUUCUACCAUUGACGGCCGGGUCUGGAUUGGCUUCCAGAAGGUCACCGACUUAUCUUUCUACAGCAAGGGAUACAUCCUUCUCAUCGUUGUGUUCUCGGUCCACGCCAUAAUUCGCUAUCGGCAGCGCUUCUAUCGCGCACGGAACCGUCUCCCCGAGCCGCGUCCUGGGGUUGUGUUCCCUUCGAUAACUCGCCAAAACGCCGAUGACGGCAUCAGAG